GGACCACAGUGACUGGAGCUACGGCUGUGCUGGGGCACCGGCCUCGAGGUGGGCUGGGAGGAGCCGGGGAAGGCCAGCAGGAGUCCCUGACCAUUUGUUAAAUGUGGAUGGUUCACUGAGGCCAGACCCCCGGGUAGGGAUGGACCCGAAAUAGUAAUUGCCUUGAACAUGAGUCAGACAGCUAAGGCCAUGAUGGGAAGGCGUGAGGACACUGGUGGUUGAGAUUUGUGUUGCCUCAGAACAAGUUGGCUGGGGCCGGGAGCAGGAGCUUGGCCUGGAGGAGUCGGGGGUCCCUGUCCAGCUGCAGCAGGGGCAGCAGUGAGAGAGAACCAGAAAGGAGGCUGGCCAGUUUGUGAAGGGUGACGAUUGGGCUUUUCAGACCCUCACCAUGUUCACCCAGUCUCCUGAAUUAACUACAGACUUUCAGUACGAGGAGGGUGCCGAAGCUUGUAACAUGAAGGACGUUGUGGUCUUCGGGACUGCCUUCCUGUCUAUAGCGUACUCCCUCGUCUUUGCCUUUGGCCUGUUGGGGAAUUUGCUGGUGGUAUUUGCUCUCACCCACAGCCAGAAAUCCAAGAGCAUCACCGACAUUUACCUCCUGAACCUGGCCUUCUCCGAUCUGCUCUUGGUAGGCACCUUGCCCUUUUGGAUUCACUAUCUGAUCAGGGAAGAUGGCUCGAACAAUGCUGUGUGCAAACUCACUACCGCCUGCUUCUUCAUUGGCUUUUUUGGCGGCAUAUUCUUCAUCACCAUCAUCAGCAUUGAUAGGUACCGGGCCAUUGUCCUGGCCGCCAACUCCAUAAACAACCGGACCGUGCAGCAUGGCGUCAUCAUCAGCUUAGGCGUCUGGGCAGCAGCCAUCUUGGUGGCAACACCCCAGUUCAUGUUCACCAAACAUGAGAAAAAUGAAUGCUUCAGGGACUACCCUGAGGUCCUGCAGGAUAUCUGGCCCGUGCUCUGCAAUAUGGAAACAAAUAUUAUUGGCUUCUUGCUGCCCCUGCUCAUUAUGAGUUACUGUUACUUCAGGAUCAUGCGGACACUGUUUUCCUGCAAGAACCACAAGAAAGCUAAAGCCAUUAAACUAAUCUUUUUGGUGGUCAUCGUGUUUUUCCUCUUCUGGACGCCCUACAACGUUAUGAUUUUCUUGGACACACUCAAGCUCUAUGACUUCUUUCCCAAUUGUGACAUGAAGAAGAAUCUGAAAUUGGCCCUCAAUAUGACCGAGACAAUUGCAUUUAUCCACUGUUGCCUCAAUCCCUUUAUCUACGCAUUUGCUGGAGAGAAGUUCAGAAGAUAUCUUUACCACCUAUAUAGGAAAUGCCUGGCUAUCCUGUGUGGUCGUUCUGUCCAUGCCAGUUUCUCCUCAUCUGAAUCACAAAGGAGCAGGCGCGAAAGUGUCCUGAGUAGCAAUUUUACUCACUACACCAGUGAUGGGGAGUCAUCCAUGCCUCUCUGAAGAGAUUCCCCAAAGCCUUGUCUCUACAGAGGGCCUGGAGUUCCUGAGUCUGACACUGAAUAAUGAGGACAGAUUUGUUUGUUUGUUUGUUUCUUACGUGCAAAGAGUGAUGGACCCAAUGUCUCUAAAACAACCCAAAUUUUGUGCUCAAAAUUUGAAUGAUAAAGGGGAGGCAUGUCUCUUACUGCAAAAGUCAGGACUUUUUUGGUUACAAAUGAUGAAAGUUCAACUCAGACUAGCUUAACCAAAAGUGGGGUGGUGAGUAUUGUUCAUAUUGUGGCAUGGGCAAGGGAGUGGCUGAGCCCUCAGCAUGUGUGGAAACUAGGGCUUGAAUCUAGCUAGAAACGCCUCUCGCUGACUCCCAAAUCUCUAAGUGGCAACAGAGCUCCCAGACUCACAUAACAUGACUUUGUCCUCAGAAAGAGACUGAAACCUAUCCCUCUCUGGCCUCGAGGUCAAAAUUCCCGGGGAAGGGCUCUGAUUGGCUGAGUUUGUAGAGGAUGUCCAGCCCUAGACCUGUAAGAUAGCAGCUUCAAUUUCCAGUCUCAUGGCUACAUGUUCAGGGAAACAUUAUUUCCAAGAAGCUGGAGGGGUGGGCGCUCUUUUGAUCAAAUAAAACAAGAGCUGCCCACCAUCUUUACCAUGUGUCUGGCCCAGCCUCCCCUCCAAUCACACCAGCCAGCAUGUAUAAACAGCCUCCUCUUUAUCAAAGUCCUUUCAUCAUGUCCCCAAACCUACAAAGGCUCCACUGGAAACUACACUAAAUCCAAACACAAAUGCCUGGCCUAUGAGACACUCCAUCAUGCGGCCCCACCAACAGACUCCUUAUUGCAUCCCCUUCUCAAAGGACUCCACGCAGCCUGUCAUCCAGGUCUCUUCCCUCCGGCCCCAUACACCUCCACGUGCCCCUGGGCCUAAAGGGAGAAAUAGAAAGAACCCUGGCCCAGACUGAGAAGGGAUGGUUUCCAAUCCCAGCUCUGUCACUUGCCCACUGGGUAGCUUAGGGCCAACCAAGCUUCAGUUUUCUCAUUUGUAGAAUAGAGAUAAUGGUACUUUUCACAUGGGUAGCAUCUUUUCCAGCCACCAACUGUGACAGGUCCCAACACGCUUAUCUGGUUUCCAAACUUCAGCUUCCCCCCACCUGGCACCGUGCUUAAGCCAUGGUUUUCACAGAGCUUGGAGGAGCCUUCAGGAAUUUGUGUCUGUGUAGCGCAGACACAGAGAAGGCUAGUUCCUCCAGUGGCCCUCAGUGGGCACUCCUGGAUAUACAGAUUGAUAGCCUCCCCUGACCUAGCCCCCAGACUGCCUUGAACAUUCCCUCCCAAUCAUCUUGUGGCCAAAGCCUGCCCACCUGGGGAGGACCCCAUCGUUCAUGCCGUUGCCAACCUGGAGAGCCAGGGUCACGGGAGCCGCUUUCUUUUUUCAGUGAACAUUUGGGAUGGUCCAACACUUUAAAGCUUGGGAAACAAUUGUAAUAAGACUAAAGAAAAUGUCAUGUACAGUCUAACUAACCAUGCAGUGCUGUCAUUGGCCCAUCCAGACCUUGUUCAUCACCUCACAUGUUUCGAGUUAUAGUCAUAAUGUACAGACAGUUUUGUAACCUGCUUUUCUGCUCUUAACAUUAGGCCAGAAAUAGCUCUGUGUUUCUAGAUAAUAUUGUGAUAACCAUUUUAGAAGGCUGCCAGGUUAUGUGUUCAUUAAAGGCAUCUGACUCAUUGCUGUA